AUGGAAAAUGAGAAUGAACAUGGGGACGUGGUGCUGUCGGGACUGUCAGGCCGUCUGCCCGAAUGUGACAACAUAGAGGAGUUCACAGCCAAGCUGUUUGCUGGCGUCGACCUCAUCACCGCUGAUGAACGCCGCUGGAAGCCUGGAAUGUACGGGUUACCACCACGCUUCGGAAAGCUGAAAGACCUGGCGCACUUCGACGCAGCGUUCUUUGGAGUGCACCCUAAACAGGCAGACUUUAUGGACCCGCAACUGCGACUGCUGUUGGAAGUUACACACGAGGCCAUAGUGGAUGCCGGAUACAACCCUGCUGAGCUACGCGGCUCACGCACUGGUGUCUAUGUGGGCCUCUCCACAUCCGAAAGCUCUGGACUGUGGUGUCAAGACUUGGACAAAAUCAAUGGCUACAACUUAACUGGCUGCAGCAACUCCAUGUUCCCCAACCGAAUUUCCUUCACAUUCGACCUAAAGGGGCCGUCAAUAUCUAUAGAUAUCGCCUGUGCGGGCUCUAUGCACGCGCUGGUGCAGGCCUGGAACGACAUCCGUGCAGGCCGUUGUGACGCUGCCAUAGUCGCCGGGACGAACAUCUGCCUCAACCCGACCACAUCACUUAGCUUCCAUCGCUUAAGAAUGCUCUCACCGGAUGGUCGUUGCGCCGCGUUUGACGACACUGGAUGCGGUUACGUACGUUCUGAAGCAGUGGUAGCAGUAUUGUUACAACGACGUAGCGCUGCACGCCGCGUGUACUGCACAGUGCGCGGUGCACGGACGAACAACGAUGGUUACAAGAAAGAAGGCAUCAACUACCCCAACGGAAAAUUGCAGUACCGUAACGCGCUUGAGACUUUUGAGGAGGCUCGACUGCGUCCGCAGGACGUCGUCUACGUGGAGGCGCACGGCACUGGCACUAAGGUAGGAGAUCCAGAAGAAGGCAAUGCUAUCACUGAACUAUUCUGCAAGGACCGGCAAGCUCCGCUGCUGAUGGGUGCUGUCAAGACCAACAUGGGACAUCCAGAGGCGGUCUCUGGACUGUGCUCCAUCGCUAAAUUGGUGAUAGCAAUGGAACAUGGCGUUAUCCCCGGUAGCCUGCACUUCAAGACCCCUAAUACCGAUAUCCCUGCGCUCACCGAUGGCCGCAUUAAGAUGGUGGUCGAAAAUACGCCAUGGCAAGGUGGCUUGGUCGCUGUGAAUUCCUUUGGUUUCGGCGGAGCUAAUGCGCACGUGAUCCUCGAGGGUGGGCGCGGAGACCGCCCUCCGCUCGCCGGGUACCUAGCGCCGCGCCUCGUGCUCGCCUCAGGCCGCACUGAAGAGGCCGUUAAUCAAUUGCUACAGCUGGCCGCUUUGCACCCGCGCGAUUCUGAGCUGCAUGCUCUGCUAGACGUCGUGCACGCGCGCACCAUACCAGGGCACCCUCACUGCGGUUACGUUGUACUGGACCCGGAGCGCGGUACGCCACCCGUGCAGGAGGUGCUCGAAAAUGAGGGCGACCUACGUCCCGUGUGGUUUCUGUUCAGCGGAAUGGGCUCUCAGUGGGCCGGUAUGGCUCGAGAGCUGAUGCGCCUACCGGUGUUCGCGGCGAGUAUCGCGCGAUCGGCAUUGGCACUCGAGCCUUACGGCAUAGACCUCAGGCAUGUGAUCACAGAGGCGCCAAAGUCAGACUUCGACAACAUCAUCAACUCAUUCGUCUCCAUCGCUGCUGUGCAAGUGGCGCUAGUAGACGUGCUAAGCGAGCUUGGCAUUCAACCCGAUGGCAUAAUUGGACACUCCGUUGGUGAAAUCGGAUGUGCUUACGCGGACGGGACGCUAACAGCGGAGCAGACAGUGCUGUGCGCUUACUGGCGCGGGCGCUGUACACUCGACUCGGUGCCGGCAUCAGGCGCCAUGGCUGCUAUCGGACUUACCUGGGAAGAUGUCGCACGCCGCUGCCCCGCAGACGUCGAGCUCGCCGCACACAACUGGGCUAAUAGCGUGACGAUCUCGGGUCCUUUGGCGUCGGUAGAGAAAUUUAUACAGCAGUUAUCAGCGGACGGCGUAUUUGUGCGUAUGGUGGACACUGCGGGCAUAGCGUUCCACAGCUCGUACAUCGCGGGCGUCGCUCCGCUUCUCCUCCAGAGACUUCAGCAGGUCAUUCCCGAGCCCAAACAGCGCAGCCCGCGCUGGCUCUCCUCUUCCAUACCUCAGGAACAAUGGAAUUCAGACUUAGCUCGAAUGAGCGACGCCGCAUACUUCGUGAACAAUCUGGUGUCUGUGGUGCAAUUUGCGCCGGUACUCGCCCAGGUGCCGAAGCGGGCGCUGCUGCUGGAGAUAGCGCCUCACGCGCUCCUUCAGGCCAUUGUCAGGCGUGCGAUGCCUAAUGCUGUGCACGUGCCACUUGUGCGUCGCAACGCACCCAACGCUCUCUUGCAUCUUCUUGCUGCCGUAGGCAAAGCCUACGGCGCCGGCGUUCAACCUCAGGUAGCACAUUUGUACCCGCGUGUAUCGUGGCCGGUGUCCCGCGGUACGCCUACACUGGCGUCUCAUAUCGGCUGGGACCACCGCGUCGAGUGGAGUGUAUGUGACUUCAUGAAGGUUAAAGAAAACCUUAUUGAGUACGACCUCGACAAGCCUGAAGACGCCUUUAUCUCAGGACACAACAUUGAUGGCAGAAUCCUCUUUCCUGCGACCGGAUACUUGAUGCUGGUGUGGCGUACCAUAGCAAAGAUUAACAAAAUGGAAAUAGAACAGGCAGCGGUUGUGUUUGAAAAUGUACAUUUUCGCCGUGCCACUAUUUUGUCACGCCUUGCUCCGGUGCGCUUUCUUGUAUCGCUGUUAAGUGGUUCAGGCGAGUUCGAGGUCUGCGAGGGUGGCGAAGUGGUGUUCACGGGUAAAGCGUGGCUGACCGACAACCCCGCCUCCGAACGCUUGCCAGUCACUGUGCUGGAUGAGGAAAUAACUGAAAAGGAAUACAUGCCCUCGCUAACUUCGGAAGACAUUUAUAAGGAGCUACGCCUUCGUGGAUAUAACUACAAGGACUUGUUUCGCGGUAUUAAAUCUUCAGACGCGCGCGGCACACGUGGCGAACUUAAAUGGGAAGGCAAUUGGAUCUCGUUCAUGGACACGAUAAUACAAUAUUCCCUCAUCGGCAUCGAUAAGCGUAUUUUGUAUUUGCCGACCCGUCUGCAGCGAGUAGUGAUCGACCCUGCGGCGCAGCGUGAGGCUGCCACAAAAGAUGUCGUGUCAGUCCAGCUGUACCGUAACCUAAAUGUUAUUGUUGCCGGCGGCGUCGAGUUGCGCGGUGUGCAGACCUCGUUGGCACCACGCCGCACCAACAUUCAAGCGGCGCCUAUAUUGGAGAAGUACGUGUUCCUACCGCUGGGGGCCGAGGAUGUCGAGAGCUAUGCGCUCGGCGCCGCAGUGCAGCUGGCGUUCGAAAACUGCAACGUGUUUAAGUUGAAACUUGCUGAACAAGCGCUUUGGCGGCCUGUGAAGGCGCUUCUGCUGCCACGUGUAGUGAAAGUUUUGGAAACCAUGCCGGCGGUGCGCGUUGAUGCAACGCUGGUAGCAGAUGAAGGCGCACAACAGUAUGCUGCUACUAUGGAACCGCUUGGAAUAAAGGUACGCAAUGUAGACAAUGUGGUGGCGACCACCGCGUUAGCGACCGAUUUCCACGUGGUGAUGGGCUCCAACGUCUUGUCACGGCACGGCGAACUAUCUGCGUUGGCAGCGGCGAGCAUCGCUAACGGCUUUGUAUUGCUGGAGGAGGCGUUGCAUGCGCUCGACGAGCCGGCGAUUCAGGCAGCUACUGCCGACGCAGGCCUCACACUGGUAUCUCGACGUCGCUCAGAAUCGUUCGAAUACCUGCUGCUGAAGCGCGCAGCAGCCGUGCCUACGGCAAAAUUCGUCAUUGAAGUGCAUGACGAGGACUACACCUGGGUAGACCAGCUAAAGGCAGCUAUGAAUAGCGCUGAGAACCUGCGCGUUUAUAUGUGGUCGCGCGCGCCAGGCUCUGGUGUGCUGGGCCUUGGGACGUGCUUGCGACGCGAGCCCGGCGGCGACCGGCUGCGCGUGUACUACCUUCCAGAAGCGGCGUAUCCGUUCGAUCCCGAUGCAUCAGCGUACAGCGCACAGGUGCGCCGCGACCUGGCUUUCAAUGUACUGCGCGCCGGCGUUUGGGGAACCUACCGCCACCUGCCGCUUGAUGACCCGACACAAAAUAAGCAAGAGGUGGAACACGCUUACGUGAACGCGUUGACGCGCGGUGACUUGUCAUCUCUACGCUGGAUCGAGAGCGACCUGCGACAUGCGGUGAAUGUGCCGCGGCCGCACACUGACCUUUGCACUGUCCACUACUCGUCUAUCAACUUUCGCGAUAUCAUGAUGGCUACCGGCAAGCUGCCGCCCGACACACUACCGGCUCAUCUUGCUGAUAAGGAGUGUCUACUCGGGUUCGAGUUCAGCGGGUAUUCAUCGACUGGCAAGCGCGUAAUGGGUGUAGUUCAAACAAUGGGUAUGGCGACUACGGUGCUGGCCGACGUGACACUUAUGUGGGAGGUGCCUGAGCAAUGGUCCCUAGAGGAGGCGGCGACCGUGCCAGUCGCGUAUGCGACCGCGUACUACGCGCUGGUGAUGCGCGGGCGCAUGCGGCGUGGUGAGGCUGUGCUGGUGCAUGCUGGCGCUGGUGGCUUGGGCCAGGCUGCAAUUUCAAUAGCACUGCAUGCCGGCUGUACCGUUUAUACCACCGUGGGCUCGCCCUCCAAACGUGCCUACCUGCGUGAGCGCUUCCCGCAGCUGCCGGAUGCUAACAUUGCCAACUCGCGCGACAGCUCGUUUGAACACGUUAUACUGCGUCGCACGUGCGGUCGUGGCGUCGACCUCGUGCUCAACUCACUUGCGGGCGACCAGCUGCAGGCGUCGCUGCGCUGUCUCGGCCGUGGUGGUCGUUUCCUCGAGGUCGGCAAAUUUGACCUGAGCGCUAACACGGCGCUCGGCAUGGCUGUGCUGCUGAACAACACCACAGUUCACGGCGUUUUUUUAGACGCGUUGUUUAGUGAGAACGGGGAUAACCCAGAAAAGGUGGAAUUAAGGCGUUGCGUAAAAGAAGGCAUUGCCAACGGUGCUGUUCGCCCGUUGCCAACCACUGUUUACGACUAUGACCAGGUCGAGGAUGCCUUCCGGUACAUGUCGAUGGGAAAGCACAUAGGCAAGGUUCUGAUUCGCGUGCGCAAGGAAGAACCAGUUAGUAAAACUACGACGAAACAGCUACUGCCAGCAAUUCCUCGUGUAUAUAUGCAUCCUAGGAAGAGCUACGUGGUUAUCGGUGGACUAGGUGGUUUCGGUCUGGAGCUGUGCGAGUGGUUAAUUGGCCGUGGCGCGCGCACGCUCGUGCUCAACUCACGCAAGGGUGUGUGCACUGGUUACCAAUCUUGGUGUAUCCGCAGAUGGUGCGCCUCGGGAGUCUGCGUAUUAGUGUCAAACGCCGAUGCGACGACAGUGGCGGGCGCACGAGCGCUGCUGCAGGAGGCGUCUUCAGCUGCGCCAGUUGGUGGCAUCUUCAACCUCGCCGCUGUGUUGCGUGAUGCCCUCCUUGACAACCAGACACAGGACACCUUCAGUGCCGUCGCCAAACCUAAGAUUGAUGUGACUCGCAACCUGGAUUUAUUGUCACGCUCGCUGGCAUCGGAGCUAGAUCAUUUCGUGACAUUUUCAUCGGUGUCAUGUGGGCGCGGAAAUGCGGGCCAGAGCAACUAUGGUUUCGCCAACAGCGCCAUGGAACGGCUUUGUGAGCGGCGGCGCGCGGACGGGUUACCGGCGCUAGCGAUACAGUGGGGUGCCAUCGGCGACGUGGGACUCGUGGCUACCAUGUUCGGAGAAGAUACAGAAGUAGGAGGCACCGUGCCGCAGCGCAUCGCGUCCUGCCUGGCUACGCUGGGAACGCUGCUGCUUGCAUCGCAAGCCGUAGUCUCGUCCAUGGUACUGGCCGACCAGCGGCGCAGCCAGGAAAAGCCUGCGCAGAACCUCGUGCACGCUUUAGCUAAUGUGCUCGGUAUCCGGGACGUAAACAAGAUGUCUUCGACGGCGACCUUGACGGAGCUAGGGCUGGAUUCGUUGAUGCUCGCAGAGAUCAAGCAGGUGCUCGAACGCAACUAUGACGUGGUGCUCGGCGCGCAGGAGAUCCGCGCGCUCACGUUCACCAAACUGCGGAGCAUGGCAGCUGAAACCGACGGCUUAAGCAACACCACCGCAGAGAAAAAGGAAACAUUAACACCAACAACAUCUACAAGCAAUGAUGAGGCACAGCCGCUGUUGUUAUAA